AUGCAGUGGCACAAGGCAUCUCUCAGGCUGCUGACCUGUGUCUGUCUUUUAAGGAAGUUGCUCCGCGAAUCUGUGCAAGGGAUCACCAAACCCGCGAUUCGACGUGGCGGAGUUGUCCGCAUGAAGUCUGAAAUCUAUGAUGAAAUUCGCUCGGUUAUUCGCAAGCGAAUUACCGAGAUCGUCGAACAACUCGUCGUUCUCGACUCAGCCACCACAAACGGCAAGACCAGGAAGACAGUCACGACCAGAGAUGUCGUCUUUGUUUUGAACAGAUCCUCAGUCCUUCAUGGAGAAGCGAGUGAACAGACACAUGACCAUGAUAUGACGGGGUGUGAUGUGCUGGCUACUCUUAAAAAGGAAGCUUGUGAGAAAUAG